AUGGCGGAGAAAGUGACCAGUCGAGGUGUUGAGGAUGCGGUCGAGUUCCCUGAGCAUGAGCUCGAUCCGGAGCGCGAAGCGCGCGAAAAAGCUUUGAUCUGGAAGCAAGAUCGCAAGAUUGUUCCCUUGUGCGCCGCGAUCUAUCUUUUGUGUUACUUGGACCGGUCGAAUAUUGGAAAUGCCAAGAUUCUCAACGCCGACACACACAAUGAUAUGCUUUCUGAGACGAACAUGACACCCUAUCAAUUCACUAUUGCACUGAUGGUGUUCCUGAUCGCAUACGCACUCUUUGAGGUGCCGUCAAAUUAUUUUUUGAAAAAGCUUCGUCCCAGUAGAUGGAUCGCUUUUCUCAUGCUCGCAUGGGGCGCCACGACCAUGGGGCUCGGCGGUGCCCACAACCAUGCCCAAGUCACUGGCCUGCGCUUCCUUCUCGGUGCGAUGGAGGCAGGUCUAUUCCCGGGCCUGGUCUACUACCUUACAUUCUGGUAUCGAAACUCUGAACGAUCCAUGAGAGUCGCCUUGAUCUUGGCAUCCGCCACCCUGGCCGGCGCUUUUGGUGGCGCUAUCGCGUUUGGCGUCGGUCAUAUGAACGGCGCUCACGGACUGUCCGCUUGGCGAUGGCUAUUUAUCAUCGAAGGAGCCCCGUCUUGCGCCUCGGCCAUUCUCGUCUGGUUCCUGUUGCCUGAUUACCCGGAAACCACACGAUGGCUGUCUGCGGAAGAAAAGGAGCUGGCGGCAGAUCGGUUGCAAUUGGAAGGAUCUCAAGGUUCUGCGAAUGCCAUGUCCUGGGGAGACGCCAAAGCCGUGCUUGUGGACUGGAGAUUAUAUGCUCAUUAUGCGGUGUACUUUGGAAUCUCCACCCCCUUCUCAAGCUUGUCUCUGUUCACACCGGCGAUCACGGCCGGGUUAGGGUAUUCCAACUUGCGAGCGCAGCUGAUGACGGUGCCUCCGUACGCAGUUGCCUAUGUGGUGACACUGACUGUGGCCUGGUCCGCAGAUCAUUUCAACAGUCGUGGUCUUCACUCGGCCGUCUUUUCACUCAUCGGAGCCAUGGGCUUUCUCGCUUCCGCCGUGCUUCCACCUGAUGCUUACCUCCAUCGAUACGGGUGUCUCAUCGUCGCCGCAAGCGGCUCCUUUGCCUGCAUCCCCCCACUCCUCGGCUGGCUUUCCUCGAACCUGCGUUCGACCGCGGGAGCAGGACUCGCCAUCGCCCUGAACGUAUCCGUCGGCGCGCCGGGGCAAAUCGUCGGUGUAUGGAUCUACAAGGCCAACGAGGCAAAAAAGGGGUAUCCAACGGGUCAUUGGACCAAUGCGGCUUUGUUGCUUAUGGUCACGGUGGGUUGUGUGUUGUUGCGGAUCUAUUAUGGGUGGAAGAAUAGUCGGGGUUUUGGCGAUGGGACGGGGAAGAAGUUUGCUUAUUAG